AUGGAUCAUUGUUUCAAUUAUCCGUGCCAGAAUAAUGGAACGUGCCAAAACGUGGUGGAUGACUUUAUUUGUUUCUGUUCUUCUGGAACAACAGGACGUAACUGUGAAGCUCUAGACUUUUGCCAUGACAACCCUUGCCAGAACAACGGAAGUUGCCAUAACUCUUUGGGAAACUACACUUGUAAUUGUCCCGCUGAGUUUACAGGUUCAAGGUGCGAAGCUCGGAACUAUUGUUACAGUAGUCCUUGCCAAAACAAUGGAACGUGCCACAAUCUAUCCGAAGAGCACAAUUGUACGUGUACUUCCGGAUACUCAGGAAAAAACUGUGAAGUGGUGGAUCCCUGCUAUAACAAUCCCUGCUUGAACAGUGGGACAUGCACAAACUCUGAAAAUGGCUUUAAUUGCAGCUGCCCUGCAGGAUUCAGUGGAGCAAAUUGUGAAGUGGAAGAUUUGUGCGUAUCUCAGCCUUGUACAAAUGGAGGGACGUGUAGUUCGUAUCAUGGCUAUUACAGCUGUGACUGCUCUACUGGUCUGAAGGGAACAAAUUGUGAGGAAGAUAUUGAUGAGUGUUUCAACAACCCCUGCUUGAAUGGUGCAUUUGGUUGUAUGAAUACCUUUGGCAGCUAUGAGUGUAUCUGUGCACGGAACUAUACUGGGAUCCACUGUCAGAUAGGACUGGUUACCGACGUAUUUGAUCUAAUGUUCCUAUUUGAUGGGUCAGCCCACCUUGGAAAUCGUCUCUUCCGACAAACUCUGCAGUUUGCAAACACACUUUUGUCCGACUAUAACAUUUCCCGGGAUCAAACCAACGUGGCCGCAGCAGUUUAUGCGACGACUGUAGCUAUUGGCUUUAACUUCACUGAGAACUACGAUGAUUCCACCGUAGCAGCUGCUAUCGAGAAUUUACCAUUUCUUAACGAAACAACUGUUUCCAUUGAAAACGCUCUGCGCUUUGCUGGGGAGCAGAUCUUUGUAACAGGCAGAGAAAAUGUACCUGACGUCUUGGUUGUUUUCGUCAGUCAUACACUAAGUGGUAAUUUCACAGGAGUUUCCAAAGAACUUCGUGAUAACGGAAUUAAAAUUGUUGUCGUUGGAAUUGGAGACGGUUACGAUAUCAAAGAACUAAAAGAGAUCGCAAGCGCACCAGAAGACGAUAACGUAAUUAUAAUAGACAAUGAACACAUGGAUGUUAUGGAAGGUGGUGUCAGUGGUGCUGUAAGUCAAGUUCUUGAUCCUUGCACUAGCUUUCCCUGUCGUUUUGGAGGGAACUGCAGUAGGACUGCUCAAAAAUACACCUGUUCUUGUCCAGUCGGCUUUGAGGGACCAACUUGUGAAGAAGACUCGAGAAGAUUAACACAGUUUGCCAUCUUCCAAGUAGAUGUGGAUGAAUGCGUCAGAUACGCACCAAACUGCACUCAUGGACUGUCCUGCAUCAAUACUUUGGGUAGUUAUCAAUGUGUGUGCAUCGGAGGACGGUAUGGUGCCAAUUGCCAGUAUGCCUUAGAUACCAAACUAGACAUUGCCUUUCUGAUUGAUGGAAGUCAGUCAGUAACGAAAGAGACCUUCCUUGCAUUCACAUCCUUCACCAAAGCCGUCACCGCUUCAUUAAAUGUAUCUAGAGAUGAAACCCAUGCCAGUGUCACCGUUUAUAGUGAUACCCCCAUUCUUGUAGCGGACUUAAAUGAUCAUUACAACCAGUCAUCUCUUGAAAACGUCGUCGAUAAAACUGUAUAUCCGGCUAGUCUUCAAAGUAAUCUAGGAGAGGCGAUGUUAUACGUUGGUUCUAUUCUCCAUAAUGCAAGUAUCUCGCGCCCAAAUGUUCAAAAAGUAUUGGUGAUAUUGACGGCUAGCAAAAGCCAUGAUGAAAUCGCAGUCCCCGCGUAUCUUUUAUUGAAGCAGUACAAUGUGACAGUGUUUACAAUUGCUGUUGGGCGUGAAUACAGCCUGGGUCAAGUUAAGGAGAUCUCCUCCGAUCCAGACGGUGACCACAUACUCACUUACGAUUCUGGUAAAGAGCUUGGUGUCCAGGUUGCAUACUUCAAAGUAAGGCUGGGUAAAGCUCUCGACCCAUGUUCUGGCGAUCCUUGUAAGAACGGCACUUGUGAAUCUUCUGAGAAUGGCUAUGUUUGUAUUUGCCAUCCAGGAUAUUCAGGAAUGAACUGCGAUAAAGUUCAAGAUCCAUGCAACCCUGAUCCUUGCAAAAAUGCUGGUACGUGCGAAGUCUUGCCACUCAACUCAUAUUACUGCGCAUGCCCACCAGGAUGGACUGGGCCCAACUGCGGAGAAGAUAUUAAAGAAUGUUCCUUGCCAGAAAAGAUUUGCCAGAACGGAGGGACUUGUGAAGAACGAAUGGGUGACUAUUACUGCAACUGUGUAGGAGGAUAUGCCGGGAAAAAUUGUGAUAAAGUCUUCAACGAGACCAUGAUUGACAUGGUCUUUAUGAUAGAUGGAUCGUCCAAUCAGAACACUGGAAAUGAAUAUUUUGUUUAUAUGAUAAACAUUGUAAAGUUUAUACUGAGCUAUCUUCACGAUCCUAACACAAGAAUUGGAGUGGUCCUGUAUUCGUCAGUGAUGAAAACAGAAAGUUACUUCAAUUACACUCGAAACCAAACAUUACAGUCAUUGGAGAGCUUACAUACACUUCCUCCUGGGACACUGAUUGGAAAAUCGCUGAAUUACACAAGACAAGAAUUCUUCAACAACAGCCGAAAAAAUGUUCACCGCGUUCUUGUUGUUUUCACUGCUGGCACAUCAAACGAUGGUGUCGCAGUUGCAUCAAAAUUACUCCAUGACAUGAACGUAACAAUUCUAGUGGUUGCCAUGGGGAACUGGUACGAUAUCAAACAACUUGAAAGCGUGGCAAGCCAACCGCAUUUGAACGCUAUUGUUUUGACAAGUUACUACCAACUUGUACAUAUGAGUUGGAAAAUCCAUGAAAUGAUUUGUGAAGCUGUUGACCACUGCUUCAGCAGUCCGUGUAUGAAUAACGGAACAUGCCACAACUCUUUGCAUGGAUACCAGUGCACAUGCCCUGAAGGUGUAACAGGGACUCACUGUGAAGAAGUGAUAGACAACUGUGCCAUAAACAACACUUGUACCGACGGACAAGUUUGUAUCAGCCGUGUUGGAUCACAUGAGUGUGUGUGUCCGGAAGGAUUCUACGGGGCAAAAUGCGACAAAGCAUGUAAUACCACGAUGGACCUUGUAUUUCUUGCGGAUGGAACGCGCGGAACCAAGAUGGAAAAUUUUAAGAAAAUUAUGCGAUUCAUCAAGAAUGUCGCGAAAGUGCUCCAUGUCUCUGAGCAAGGAACACAUAUUGGUCUGGUGCUUUAUGGUGACGAUUCUCAAAUAAUUCUCAAUCUAAAUGACCAUUUUAGUUAUAAAGACCUUUACAAAGUUCUUUCUAAGAUUUAUUUGCUAAAGAAGAAGAAACGUUACGUUGGGAAAGGUCUCAAGUAUGUUAAAGACAAGGUUUUUGCGAAAUAUGGUCGAAGUGGUGUUCCCAAAGUCAUCAUCCUUCUACAAAACAAAAGAUCUGAAGACGCUAUUGGCUAUAUCUCACAGGCCAUCAAGAAAUACGGCGUCAAAAUAUUUGCAGUUGGUAAUGGAAACAAGAUGGUGAAAGGGCAAUUGAGAGAAAUCGCUUCGAAGCCGAUGUCGAUGUACCACAAGUAUUCCAAGUCUUGGGAUAUGGACACUGCUUUGUUUACAGAAGAGAUGAAGGACUCUGUCUGCAUGGCAUUGAAUCCCUGUUCUUCAUCACCGUGUCGCAACAAUGGUACAUGCAUUCCAAAUGGAGACGUAUAUAGAUGCGAUUGUCAACAGGGAUACUCAGGAAGCACAUGUGACCAAGAGAUUUCUCCAUGUUUUCCGAAUCCUUGCAAAAACGGAGGACAGUGCAUUCGAUCUCGAUACUCGUACAGCUGUAACUGUAUGGCUGGUUUUACAUCAGACAACUGUGAAGAUGAUAUAAACGAGUGUGACUCGGAUCCCUGCCAGAACAAUGGCAACUGUAAAAACCUGCCGGGAAGUUAUCAUUGCGCAUGUCCAUCAGGAUAUUUGGGGAGAAACUGUCAGUCAGCUGUGGAUCACUGCUAUAGCGAUCCUUGCAACAAUGGGGGAACAUGUCGAAGUCUAUUGGAUAGUUACAAAUGCACUUGUCAAUCCGGUUACACGGGAAUCAAUUGUGAAAUGGAUAUUGACGAGUGCACAGAUAUAGACUGUGGAGAAAGAAAAAUCUGCAUCAAUUUCCCAGGAACAUCCUUCUGUAACUGCAGAUCAGGAUUUUUCGACAAAGGAAACUCUUGCAACCGAGAAUAUUCAGAAACUUUCAACAUUGGAUUCCUUUUGUACACUGGAGAUGACAUCGACAGCUAUCAGAAGGGGAACUUAAAAAAACUAGUGGAGUUCGUCAAAGGCAUGGUAAAAACCCUUAAAAAUGAUGGGGACGAAUCGCGCAUAGGGGUUGUUACGUACUCUGAUACCCCCUGCUUGAAAUACCGAUUGGAUAACACCACGCAUAACGAGCUUGAGGUUGAAUUGGACAAUUUGAACACAACUGGUAAGGGAAGAUAUAUAGGAAAACCUCUUGAACUAGCGAGCAGAGAGCUAUUCAAUCACUCAAAUGGACUUACCGACAACAAAUCGCGAGACAUCCUUGUUGUCAUAACAGACGGAAUUUCAGCCGAUGAUAUUGCUGUUCCUUCAUACGCUCUAAGAGAAAGCAAUGUUACAAUAUUUAGUGUGGGCAUCGGCCGGUAUAAGCGUGGUCAGUUGAACGAGAUGGCUUCAGACCCCAACUCAGAGCAUGUGUUUACUAUGAGAGAUUAUGCAGAUCUUGGUCCUGUGAUGGCUUCCCUGAAAGAUGCGAUUGUUAAAGACGUGGAUCCUUGCUCAAUCAAUCCUUGUUUCAAUGGUGGUAGCUGUGUUAAUCGUCCCUCAGGAAACUACACUUGUAUUUGCAAGUCCGGCUGGGCUGGGCAACAGUGUGAAGUUUUUGGAUCUCCUUGUGUACUUUCUCCACUUCCUUGUCAUAAUAACGGAAACUGCACAGUCGGUGAUGACGGCACUCCUCAGUGCCAAUGUGUUCCAGGAUGGAAUGGCACUAACUGUGAAGAAGACGUGGAUGAGUGCGUAAAGAAUCCUUGUCUUAAUGGUGGACAAUGUAUGAACACACCAGGAAGCUAUUACUGUAAAUGUCCAGUCAAAUUUAUUGGGGAAAAUUGUCAGACUCGGUGUGAAGGCCAAUUUGUAAACGUUGGUUUCCUGAUUGAUGGAUCCGCUAGCAUGGAACUUUCUAGUAGCGGAAACUUUAACAAGACACUUAAAUUUGUGAAAGGUUUCAUCGAUUAUCUUGAUGUGUCCGAGGAAAAAGCUCACGUUGGGUUAGCAAUCUUCUCCACCAAAGUUUACCAGGUGUUCAAUUUUGAAGAUUAUCAUAACUCAUCAGAAGCUAGUACAGCGGUAAACGGCGUGGUCUACCCAAAUCAGGGAAGGCACAUUGGGAAAGCAUUGAACUACGUACGUCAUAAAAUGUUCUCAGAGCCUGAAAGUCGACAAGAUGUUUCCAAUUAUCUGGUGCUUGUAACAAGUGGGUCUUCCUAUGAUCUAGUUAGAACUCCAGCCAAGGAACUGCGUGACAGAAACGUAACAAUAUUCGCCGUUGGGGUCGGUGAUGACUAUGAUGAAGAUGAACUUCGAGAAAUCAGCGGCGAUGAUGGGCGGUUAGUUUAUGGAACGACGUUUGAUGGCUUGGAAGAUCUGAAAACGGAGCUGAAAAGAAAAAUCUGUUUACUUGAAGAUCAUGGCACUUGCAACUCUUCACCGUGUGUCAACGAGGGCACUUGCAUAAACACAGGGAGAAGUUACCGCUGUGAAUGCUCACGUGGAUACUAUGGACAAGAAUGUCAGUUUGGAUGCGGAUUCAGGGAGCUGGGUCUUAAAGUUCCCAAUGAACGAAGAAUACCAGAUGAUGACAUAACAGCGUCUUCCCAAAAGGAAGAAGGCCGAGCGGCAUACCGAGGGAGGAUUGGUGUCGAAACUAUGGGUACAUGGAAAGAUGGCUGGUGUGCAUUAGAAACAGACACGGCAUCCUAUCUACAGGUGUUCUUUGGGUACCUUACAAACGUAUCCGUAAUCGAAACCGAAGGUGUCACCGAUGAAUCGACGAAUGCUUGGGUGGAAAGUUAUUAUGUAUCUAUGAGUAACGAUUCUCAAUCUGGAUCCUUCGUCAACUACACUGAACAAGGAGUUACCAGAAUUUUCAACGCAAAUGAUGACAUACAAGGUAAAAAUCUGAGUCUUGAAGGAAUGAGAGCUCAUUACAUCCGAAUCCAUCCUGUCAGUUUCACUGGCUCGUCUGCUUGCCUGCGUAUCGCCCUAUAUGGCUGCGACUCAGAGGACUUUCCCUCUUCGGGUAUACUGUUACAGAGAGUGAACAACGAGACACCAGAGGGUAGCGCAGGGUUUGAUCGAAUAAUAGCAGUUAUUCCGGCAGUUAUUGGUGUACUCCUUUUGGGUGGCUCAUUAUUAUUCCUUGUUCGCUACCUUCGGUAUCGAUCUUUACGAAAAAUGAAAGGUUACUCAACCAUGGAAGAAGAGGAAGGAACCUACCAAACAAUCCCCUUUGAACUGCCCUUAUAUGAGUCGCAGACUGUGGCCAUAGAGAUGGGCCCUGAUAAACCAGCUGCCUUGAAUCGCAUUGGAAUCUGGAACGAAGCGUACGAGUCUUACGAUGGAGAUGCGGAGGAAGAACAAAGUGAAGAGGAAGGAGAAGAGCAGGAUUACCAGAGUCUGAAUGAUGAAGAAUACGAACACAUCUACGAGAAUCUACCCUCAGCUUUUGAGGUACAAACGCUGAGUGUGGAGAUGAACGGAAAAGAGGUAGUACCGGGGGAGGUUCAUAGAGAAAAUGGGUUUUAUGAAAGUGUUUAUCCCGUGAGCAAACUCGACGAGAGACGACGAAAGCAAGGGCUCUAUGAGUUACCGCGAUAUCGAGAGAUGUCAGAGGAAGAAGACGAUGACAACGACGAUAACGAAGACAGUGACAGUGAUAACGAGGGGUAUGAGGAUUUUUACGACAACAUUUUCUUCCCUGAAGAGCCAUCCGAUGGACAAAAGAGGCGGACACUUACAUUUUCUCCGCAACCGACAACUGAAGAUGGAAUUUUCUCGUUCGAAAACAAGCCCAACCUGGGAAAAAUGGCCCACAACAACAAUUCAAGGAGAUCAUUAUUGCUAUUGACAAUUAACUUGUUAGUGUUUACAUGGAUCAGGUCUAUAAAUAGCGAAGCCCUCUGUUCCACAGAAAUGAAUGUCGUAUUUGCUGUGGAGGGAUCCUACAAGUUAGGCAAGGCCAACUUCCGAAAUAUUUUCAGCUUUAUCUAUAACUUAUCGGCCAACUUUGACGUGGCAACCAAUAAGACCUGGAUCACCACAUUGGCUGGAAAUGAGACGAAGGCCUAUAAAACAAAAGACGACCUAAAUAAUGCAACAGCGCCGCGUUUCCCAAACAGCUCGGAAGCGUUCUUGGGUAAAUCACUAGAAUCAGUGAAAGAUUGGCUAAAUAGCAAUGACUCUCGAAUGGAUGCUGUUACCAUCGUUGUCGUUAUCACUUCACAGAAGUCCGAUGACGACGUUGCCAUUCCAGCAAUCAACUUAAAAAAUUCCAACGUGACUGUGUUUUCUGUGGCUAUUGGCAGCCAGGUAUCUCUGGGUCAAUUAAGCGAAAUCGCUUCAAAUCCCAACGACCACCACUUGCUACAGGCCACAAACACGAUGGAUUUAUCACAGAAUUUUAACCUCACUUUGGCAAAGAGAAUAUGUGAAGUUGUCGACAAAUGCGUCAGCUCUCCAUGUAGUAACCAUGGUAACUGUACUAGCUUUACUAGUGGUUACAAAUGCACUUGUCCACCAGAAUUUCAAGGAGGCAAUUGUGAGAUAAGCAUAUCUGUGGAGUAUUUGGAACUGGGUUGCGUUGCGGACGCCUCUCAGAACAUGUCAUCCUUAGAGUCAGAAAAUGCAACAUAUCUUGAUGGGGACUUUGGAACCAGAGAAAAUGCUGUCAAGAAAUGUGCUUUAGAGGCCGCCAAAAAUGGCUAUAAACUGUUUGUUACGCGUAAAAACGCUUGCCACUCUAGUGCAGAUGCACACCUGAAAACGGACUCGGAAGAAUGUUAUCCAGGAAAUGAGGAUAACAAAGUAUACCUCGUGGGAGCAAAGUGUGGUGACCUCCUCAAAGAUGGCCUCAUUCAUUUAUCGAGCUCAACAAUCCAGGGAUCAUCCUACAACUCGUCCUGGGGAGUACCUCUUUUAAAUGGCGACUACUCUUGGUGUCCAAAGGAAGAAGACUUCAUCCGAAAACUCAAGGUUGAUCUAGGGCGAGAAACCUACUUAAGUAAAGUGACCUUACAAGGUAAAAAAGAUUCCGUGGAUUAUCCUGAUAACUACUGUUUCGGUUCCACUGUUAAUGGCGGUCAUGAGCUGGAGAUCAUUCGAAACGAAUCUACUUGUCUGAUCAGCCUCUCCACUGCUAGUUCAAAUGCUAAAACAAAUGUGACACUAGGUUCUGGGUCACUAGAAGCUCAAUAUUUGAGUUUUAGUCCUUGGAGACCAUUCAAGGGUGAUGGAUUAUGCCUCAGAGUAGACGUGCUUCGAAAACACAAUACAUCAACCAAAGUUUCAAUUUUAAGGGAGGCAGGAAAUGUUAUCACGUGCAAUCAUUCAAAUGCUCGCUUUGGAUUCUCUUGUCCUCCAUUGGUCGACGGAACUGUGGCUUGGUGUCCGAAUAGAACCGAUGCAUUGCCUUUCCAUCACCAUAACCUUCAAUUGGAUCUAGGAAGGCCAUUUAAUAUUUCCAAAGUAGUAGUGCAAGGAGCAAAAGAUGCAAACGAAUGGCCAUACAAGUUUUGUCUUCGCUAUGGCCUGAAUGGAUUUGAUUUUAAGGAAUUAACACAAAAUCAGAAAGAGUGUCUGCUAUUCAAGCAAACUAAUGACGAUCUGAGAGGGAACUCUGAACGUACGAGGGAAUUUUUGGUUCCUCGACUGGUUCAGUCAGUCAGUGUGCAACCUAAGUAUGCCACAUAUGGCACGAAUGAUGGUUACUGUGUCCGGACAGAAAUGAUGGGCUGUGUUACAACCACAGCUGAUGGAGAGCAAGUUACUGAAGGAUGUUCACACAAGACGGCAAGAGGCAAAUGCUGCGUGUUUCCUUUUAUCUAUGAAGGCCAAAUGAAAUACUCCUGCAUCAAAGACAACCAUAAUCGACCAUGGUGCGCAACCACCGACAAUUACGACAGAGACAAGCUUUGGGACAAUUGCCUAGCCACCAAUCCUUGCCACCCAAAGGCUUGUCUGAAUGGUGGACAAUGCGUGGAGAACUUAAUGGAAUGGUCCUACAGGUGUAUUUGUACAGAGAAAUAUACGGGAGAUCAUUGCGAAGAUGAUGUAGACGAAUGUUUCAACAGCCCUUGUCAGGACGGCGGGAAAUGUAUCAACGAAAAUGGCGAUGACCGUUGCGAUUGUAACCAUGGAAACAGUGGCAAGAACUGCCAGUUAGAUUGCAAGUUCGACAAAGUCGAUCUGGGGAUUCUGAUCGAUGGCUCUGCUAGCGUGCAGUUCUACGGAAAAGACAAUUUUCAGAUCAUCAAAGAUUCUAUAAAAACCUUCAUUCGUACGUUUAAUGUAUCCAGUGAUUUAACACGUGUUGGAGUUAUUGUUUACUCCACAAAUGCCACAGUGGUGUUCAAAAUGGACAGUUACACAACUCAGUCAAACGUGGAACAGGCGAUUGAUAACAUAAGGUAUCCCGCUGGCGGAACUUAUACUGGAAAAGCCUUGACAAAAGCCUCAGAGAAUUUGUUUGACCCAAGUUCGGCGCGACCUGGCAAUGUUUCCAAAAUCCUGGUUGUACUAACUGAUGGCGUGUCUACCGAUGACGUCACACAGCCAGCUGCGCUACUCAAGAACAUAAACGUGGUCCCGUAUGUUGUUGGAAUCGGUUCAAACUAUGAUUUAUCCCAGCUCGAACAGAUAGCUGUAAAUGCCACGGAUCUUGUGUUCAGAACUGAAUUUAAGACAAUCUCGGAAACUUUUAACAGACUUAGAGGAAAGAUCUGUCAGGAUUUGAAUAAGUGCGCGGAUAAUCCCUGUCGGUUUGGUGGUAUUUGCCAAAAUAAUGGUUUGAAUUGUACGUGUGCGAAAGGCUUUCAAGGAGCAAAGUGUUCUGAAGAUGUUAGAGAAUGCUCAAACGCAAGUUCCAACUGCACUUUUGGAAAACAUUGCACUGAGACCUUUGGUGGGUUUGAAUGCACAUGCGCGAACAGUUCUCUGUACGGUGAGAAUUGCACCAAAGAUUGCAGCAACAAUGGCUCCACAGUACUGUUUCUAUUGGACAGAGGAAAAAAUGUCGGAGAAGACAACAUUAAGCAUCAAAUCGAGUUCAUCAUCUCGGUGGCGUCUUCCAUUUCCAUUGCAGACGUUGCAGUUAUUUCAUAUGCAACUGAUGCUGACAUUAUCAUCAGACCUGGGCAAGCAUCCAACCUAACCGAAUUUUCUGAAACUUUACGCGGUGCGAAUUAUUCCAUGGGUUACAUGAAGAACUUGGGUGCGGCAUUACGGAAAGCACAAGAGAUUGAAGAAAUUUAUAACCACUCAAAACCAGCAGUUGUAGUUGUGAUGAUAAUGGGGAAAUCAAACGACGAUGAAGCGCCAUACGCAGCAAAAUUGAAACAAAGAAGUGUUACUGUUCUAGCUGUACCCUUGGAUAACAAUUAUAACCCCGCAGAAAUGAACCUGUUGGUAUCAAACCCCCCUAGUGACCACAUUCUGGUGACGGACGUUUCGAAUUUGAAGCAUUUUGUUAGUAGAACACGAGACGCGGUUUGCAAAGCUUGGAAACCAUGCACCAGCUCAGACUGUCCCUCCACGCACGAAUGUAAAAACAAUUACGGACAAGAUGGAGGGUUUCGCUGUGUCCCACCCCCCUCUGUGUGUGAGCCUAACCCUUGCAAAAAUGGAGGAAAAUGUCUAGCUGUCGGUUACAACACGUACAAUUGCACUUGUCCAGCGGGGAUCGGAGGUGUGAACUGUACGGAAGAUAUCGUGAAUGAAUGCGAUUCAGCACCCUGUAAGAACGGCGGGACUUGUAGAGAUCUUUUGGGUGCUUUUAAAUGUAAUUGUACAGAGAAAUUUUCCGGAAAGGAGUGUGAAAUUGGUUGUGGAUUUAGGGAGCUGGGUCUGAAGAUACCUAACACGCGUCGAAUCCCUGACAAGCACAUGACGUCAUCUUCACAGAGAGACACCAGUCACUCUGCUCACCGCGGGAGGAUUGGUAUCGAGGUUAUGGGAACGUGGGAGGAUGGGUGGUGCUCGUCACAAACCGACACAACACCCUUCAUCCAAGUGUUUUUUGAAUACCUUACAAAUAUCACUGAAAUUGAAACCGAAGCUGUUGAAGAUGAAUCAGGUAACUUGUGGGUUGAAAGCUAUUACGUAUCCACGAGCAACAGCACAGAAAAGACUACUUUUGUCAAUUACACUGAAGAUGGAAAAACCAGAAUUUUCAAAGCUAACACAAAUAUCUCAGCAAAAAAUGUUUCUCUGCACGGAACGAGCGCCCAUUUUGUUCGAAUCCACCCUCUCAGUCACACUGGAUUGUUUGCCUGUUUGCGGAUAGCGAUGUAUGGUUGUGACAAUGGAGGCGACUUCAAAGAAUUCCCAACCACUUUGACGGAGAGAAUUGACAAUGCUUCUUUCGCUAAGGACCCAUUGUUUGAUACGCGUUUGGCUGCCAUACCAGUUGCAGUGUUUGUAUUCCUUUUGGUGGGCUCCUUGCUUUUUCUUUUACUUCGUCUUAGGAAACCUUCGUCAGGAUCAUCAGUGAAAGAAAAUAUAAUUCAAUUCGAGCAAGAACCAACUCAGCAUGGCGCUAUUCCACUUGUCCCUACAUAUGAAGUCCAGUCCUUGAGUAUGGAACUAGGUGAAGAGCCUAUUUUGCAAGUGGAGGGUGUUAAUAAGACCACUUCGAAUGAUGCAAUUUUCUCAUACGACAACAAGAUUUUUAGUUUUGACCGUCACGUGGGUUUAGCCAGCAAAGGCCAGAGUAAUCUGCUAUAAGUACCUAAGACAUGUUAAUUGUUUAAAACCCUAGCAUCAGUAUGUAUUUUCUCCCUAGUGUUCGCUAUACAUUUCCUUAGGUGAUGACAGGAAGAAUUUUUUUAAUCAAGAGCUUCUUUAGUUGAUGAUCAUUUCAUUUAUUUUCACGACCCUAAUAAACGUGAUUUAUUCAGAAGUGAUAUUAUGAGGGGAAAUGAGAUGCAAGUUAUUCCAAGCGGUCCAAGGGCUAGGGGGUGCCUUUUUAUGAUGAUUGUUAAAAUAUUGACUGCCGCGUUUUGAAAUUAAAAAAAAAAAACCGCCAUGAUACAGUUUGGCAAAAUUGGAGACAGUUUCGCCACUUUCGAGAUAGAUAUAUAUUGCCUUGACAUGUAUAAAUUUAAGAAACAAGUAAAAAAAAUUACAAUUUUUUUCGCCUUCAAUAUGUGAAAGCGUUUUGUCACUGAAAAUAUAUUUUUGACAAUUCUCUAGUUGCGUUCGAGAUAUUAUCAAUUGUUGACCUUGUCUUGGUAGCUAUUCACUUUCAUAUAAUGAAAGGGAAUUGAUGAUCGGAGGAAACAGUGUAUCUUGCUGAUCAGUUAUAGAAAGGAAAAGGGGAAUGCUAAAGAAUAUUGAAAAUUAAUAUUCUCAGAAGCUUGAUACAUUUUCAUGCAAGGUCAACUUACUUUUCACGCUUGGUAAAUCUAGUUUUUAUUUGUGUUCAGUAGUUGUGUUAUUGCUUUGUAGUUGAAUGAAAAAAUUCUCUGGGUCUUUUUCAACAAUAAAGAUGUAUAUUUUGGAAAAAGAA